UAGAAACUCCCCCUUUCCCUUCUACCUCACCUCUAUCAGCACAGCUCCUCCUUUUCUCCCUUCUUCCAUCGCCUGCCCACAUCAUUCCCAUGCAAGCUCUUAUCUCCCUCACCUCCUCCCGUCCCUUCCACCUCUCACCCCUCCCCUCCAAACGCCCAGUCCCCCUCCCUUCUCUUCCUUUCCACUACCACCACCGUCACAACCACCACUCCAAAAAAACCCAUCACCACGUCUUCUCUCCAACCAAAACCACCAGACUCAACACCCAGCUCUCCUCCUCCCCCGCCACAACCACCACCGAUCUCCCCGGCGACGAGAAAUUCGACUGGUUCGCCCAGUGGUACCCGCUCGCCCUGGUCAUCGACCUCGACAAGCGGGCCCCCAACGCCAAGACGGCGAUGGGCCACGAUGUGGUGAUCUGGUGGGACCGGCAGGAGGGCCGGUGGCAGGUGUUCGACGACCGGUGCCCCCAUCGCCUCGCUCCGCUCUCCGAGGGCCAAGUCGACCCUUGGGGCCGCCUCCAGUGCGUCUAUCAUGGAUGGUGCUUCGACGGCGCCGGCAGCUGCAAGCACAUCCCCCAGGCGCCGCCAAACGGCCCUCCGGUUCAAACGUUCAAAGAGGCAUGUGCAGCUGUUUAUCCCUGUGUCGAGCAGAACAAGAUUGUGUGGUUUUGGCCGAGCACCAAUCCCGAAUACAAGGAUAUUUUGAUGAAGGAAAGACCUCCCUACAUUCCAGAGUUGGAUGACCCAUCGUACAAGUCUGCAAUGGGAACGAGAGAUCUUCCGUAUGGGUAUGAAGUCCUGAUGGAAAACCUCAUGGACCCUGCUCAUGUUCCAUAUGCACACCAUGGAAUAAUCAGACUUCCAAAACGUGAAGUUCCUGGCAGAGCUAAGGCUGAUCGAGAAGGAGGGUUUCCCAUAGAGAUAACAAUUGAGACAUUAAAUAUAACUGGCUUCCUUGCAAAGCAGGGCCUUGGCUAUCCCAAGUUUGUAGCACCAUGUAUCUUUUAUGCUAUGCCUCCCUCAAAUGAUGGUUCUGUUUCAGCUUUGAAUAUCCAAGAGGUAUCUUCAACUAAGUCCCAGCCGAAACAACGUAGGCACCUGCUUAUUUUUAUGUGUAUUCCAGUUAGUCCUGGAAGAAGCAGAUUGAUUUGGGUCUUCCUAAGAAAUUUCAAUGAUCGGGUAGAACAACUUUUUCCUCGGUGGAUGAAUCAUGUGGUAAUGAAUCUUAUUCUAGAUUCAGAUCUGUACCUUCUUCAUGUUGAGGAGCAUAAGAUUGCCAAGGUUGGCCCUUCUAAUUGGCAAAAAGCUUGUUUUGUGCCAACUAAGUCAGACACCUUGGUGGUUGCCUUCAGAAAUUGGCUAAGAAAAUAUUCCAACAAUCAGGUUGACUGGGGAACUCUAUCUACUGGAUACCUUCCACCAACUGCUACCAAAGAACAGCUUAUGGACAGAUACUGGUCCCAUGUUGUGCAGUGCAGCAGCUGUCGUGUGGCUUUAAAAGGCCUGAGAAUAUUUGAGGUUUUUCUGCAAGUUAUUUCAAUAGCCUUCAUUGCAAUUGUUGCAGCUGCCAAGCAGGGUUUGAUGUCAAACAUCACAAGGAUUGCUUUUGCCUCGACAGCGGUAUUGUGCUUCCUCGCAUCCAGGUUAGUACCUGUGACUACAAGAGAUAUGUCAAGUUACAUUACAAAGUUAUUGUACUCCUCAUGAUCAUGAGUAUCAAAGUUGUUGGACUCCCCAAGAAGCCGAGAGUGUGUCCAAAAUCCAGGAGCCAUUGGUGUUGACGAGAACAUCACCAUGCUGCUCAAUAUGUCAUCAUCGGCCUCGUCCACUCAGGCAUCUGGCUUGAGACUGAUAGCUUCAAAGACGACGGCCUCACAGGUGUUGUUCCUCGCCGACGGAAGGGCAAGUGCGAGAGCAGGGCCGUUCUAACUCGAGCCUCUGCAAUAAAGCCUACAGAGGCUAGAAAGGAUCUUAGUCGAAGAAAGCAAGCAAGAGAUCGAGUUGAAAGAACAAAUUCGAGGAUUUAUGAGGCUUUGGGACGAGAUCUACCAACCUCUUUGGUCGCGAGGAGACGCUUCAAGCAAUGGAACUUGGGAUUGGAGGCGGCCGCGAGAUAAUGGGAACUCUUAUUUACCUUAUAACAAGCCAUUAUAAUGCUAAAUAACUUGUUAUAACAAUUAUUAUUAUUUUCUCCGAUUAUUCUAUAAAAUAAAUAAUACAUUAGAGUGGGGAGCUUGAAACAA